UCACCAUGGGCAACGAGAACAGCACCUCGGACCACCAGAGGACUUCAUCAGUGCAGAGUCCACGACCACCGCAGCCCCCUGGGAACAACCAGUCUCUACAGAAGCAGCAAGGGGACCCGCCUGGAACCGGUGGUGGCAGCACUGGGCUAGGAGGCUCCUGCUCUGCUUCUGAGAGUGCUGCCAGCCUGGAUCCGUGCACUGUCUCCCCAGAGGUGACUGAGCAAGGGAAGCACCCCCAGGAAGCCGGGGGGCCAGAAGGUUCUCCACUACCCAGACCAUCUCUGUCCAGGGAACAGGUGUGCCCCUCAGCCUCCAUGCCCUUCACCGAGUGCCCUCCAGAAAGUUGCCUGGCAAGCUCAGAAGCAGCAGCUGAAGAUGGCACCGUCACCCAUCAACUUAGAAUGGAACCCUCCCCCAGCAUUCCAGGAGACACCUUAGUAACAUUUACUCCUGAAGGGGAUGGCUCCGCACAGUGCUCAACGGCUGCCACGACCCCCACGACCCCCAGUGCUGAGGGAGACAAAGAGGCACAGAGCUCCUCCUCCAGUUGCCCUGGACAGUUGCCUGGAAUUUCCCUAGUGCCUCUCCAGGAGCCAAGGACAGAGCUGCUGUGUGGAGAGGGUGACUGGCCUGGUGGCUUUGAGUUCCAAAGGAAAGAGGCUAUGGAUGGCUGUUCUCCCCUACAGUCUGCCAGCAAGGUCCCUGCUACCACCCAGUUGGGGAUGGAGAGCUCAGCUGUCCUUGAGCAGUGCCCCCCAAAACUUGAGACCAUGGCCCCAGAAAAUCCAGUCCUAAGAUCAUCAGAUAGGGAAAGAGGCGGAGGGAAGGUGCUACCUACGAAUUCCAAGAACUUGGAAUUUCUCAAAGGCUGCCAUCCCUCUAAAAGCAACUCAGGGGCUAACCCUGGAGCUGGGACAAGCACUGCCUCCCAGCAAAGCCACCAGCAGAACGCGGAAAUACAUCUGCCACGUCCAGAACUAUCCUCAGACCCACUAGGUCCUGCUGCAGCACCAGGAGACAGUGGCUCCUGGAUGGAGGAGGCUCUGGACAGCAAAGAGGCUCAGCCACAGACAGGGACAUCAGAAACUGAGCCCCAGCAAGUUAUGGGUGUGGCAGCAGCCAGCCAGCCGGAUGGGAGCUUGCUUCUGAGAGCUGAGCUCCCGCCAUUCACUGGAACAGAAAAAACAUCUACAGUGUCCAGCCCCUCCGCACACCCAGCUGCUUGGAAUUCUGUUGCCUCCGAAGAUCCCAGCUUGGCCAAGGAGACAGUUUCUGAGGCUCAGAUGCUAGUUUCUGCAGAUCUGACCGCAGAACAGGUGGGCACAGGGGUAGUGGAACUGAAGGCAGCAUCAGAUCGUAGAAGAACACAAGAACAAUCAGAAGGCAGCCUCCAGGGAGUCCCUGCCCCUUUCCUGCAGGGGCAAAAUGAUACAGUCCCCGAAGGGCUGUUGCUGCCAACUUUCUCCCAUGGGGUUUCAAAUGAAAGUUCUAGAAGGUCAGUGGAACCAAUUGACGGUCCUGAGGCCCCCAAGAAUACUGAAAACAGAGUUGCAGCUGGAGAGGGAAGCAGAUCACUCCGAGACAACCCUAAGGGACAGCAAAAAGCCACCAGAGCUGUUGAUGGUACAGAGUCUGGGAACCAUGAGGAAGAGAGGUCUCAAGCCUUUGGCUGCAGGCUCCAUUGGGAGACUGACAAAGAUGAGGCUUCAAAGCCACACAGCACUCCAGAGAACAGCAUCAUUCCUAGCUCAGACUCAGCACAGCCACCCACACAGGGGGUUGCUGGCUGCAUGGAUGAGCCCCACACUGGGUCAGGAGAGGCGGUGCGACAGGUGGUUCCUGAAUCCCAUGUGACCGACACAGCUACCUCACUGCACAAACUCCAUAAGGAGGACCCCAUUCUGUCCUCAGCAUCAGACGGAACUGGGGAGCACUUUCCCCCCCAAGAAGCCAUUGGGGAAAGCUCAACAUUGCAGACCCCCAUCAUGCUUCAGGACAGGGGAGGAUUGGGAACGACAGAGUCACUUCCUGCUUUAGGAUCUGAGAAAGCAGGUUUCCUGUCUGUGGCAGCUGUGAGGGAGGUACCCAAAGCUGGGGAGAUGGAGAACAUCCCGGAGCUAAAGAAGAGCCACUCGCCCUUGCAGCAGCCCUACAGCUGUGAUGGGGAAGGCUUGCUGAUAUCCCCAGGCCAACCUUGUGACCUAGAGAAGAAGGUGGAACCUGGACAGGAAGUCCAUGCUGCUGUGUCACCUCCCCCUGAUGAGAAAAACUCAGCAACAGGCCACGGGCUUACUAUGUUCAGUCUGGAACAAGAUUGUCAGGGAAAACUGUCCUGCCCAGAGGACAGCCUCCCACAACCUUUUAAGAACUCUCUCCAGCCACCCCAACUAGACCCAGAAACAUCCAUCUUUGCUAGUCUCUGUGAGAAGGACCAACCACCUACAAAUGGGCAAGGCGCUUGUUCAAGUGGCCCAGGUCUGGAGAAGCAGGGUACAGAUCCUUCAACAACCCCAAUGCCCGAGGGAGGGAAGCCUGGGGUAGAUGUGAGCUUGCCUCAUGACGGAAAGGAAUGGGCUUCAGAACCUCCCCCCACAGGCAGUCCACACAAGUUCAUCCCCCAAGUUCAUCCUCCAAGUUCAUCCCCCAAGGAUACAGUUCUGGGAGGGGUGCCAUCAGAGGAGUCAGAACUGUCAGCCACUCUGGGACAGAAGUUGCCUGCACGUGGGGAAAAUGAGCAAGGGGACACAGGCAGUGGCAGUCAGCCCUCGGAGAUCCCACCUCCUGCGGCAGACGCCUCUCUUGCGGGAAACCUGGGUGGAAAGGAUAGUUGCUGCAUUGGGCAGGGGCUGAGCAAGUCUCAACAGGAGCUGGCUGAUGCUAUGAAAACAGGCAACCAGCAUGAAGAAGCAUGUUGUGGGGACUUGGGCAUAGCUGAAGCAGGUGACGUACUGCCCCUGCCUCAGGGCUUCAGGAAGACAGAGAUGGCAAGUGGAAACAUGGCAGAGGCCCCGCCUUGCCCACCUGACUCAGUAGCUCUGCUGGAUACAGCACACUGCUCUCCAGACCCGGUGCCUACCAGCCCCAGAGUCACAUCCACUCAGGAUGCCCUAGCGAGUGAGGUCUGUGAUGAAAGCAAGAAAGAAUCGGUUCAACAGCUGGAAAUGGAGCAGCUGGCCACCUCGGGUGCAAAAGCACAGAGGCUUCUUGGAAGUUUCCCGAAAGCAGAGGAGCAAGGUGGUAAAGGCGGGUCUGCAGAGGUGGACGUCGACACCAGUGACGGAGACCCUGGGACGGAGCAGGCUUCAGAGGGACCAGAAGCUGCUCAGAAUAGUGGCUGCUUUCAGACUGAACAGGGCCUCCCCUCCACCCUGGCUGAGCCAUGCCAACUUGAGCAGCUUGAGCCCAGCUGUGGGGAUGCCUUGCUGCCAGCUGGAGAAUCGGAUGGGCUCCCCAGGAGUACUGUGGGCGUUCCAGCACACGGCACUGUUACAGGCCCACAGAGGCUUCUGCCCGCUGAGCUACCCAAAGAGACUGUACCUGACACUCCUUACCUGCAGAUCAAUGGCGCUUCGAGGCAGGAUGCAGAAGAUGGCAGCAUGAGAGCUGUUUCCUCUGAGGACCCCAGAGCACCUCAUGAAAGCCCCUGCCCUGUAAAGGAGCUUCCACCUGCUUUGAAAAACGACACCCCUGGACAGGUGUCUGCUGUUUCCUUCACCACACUCUUGCAAUCAGGAACCGAAGGUGAGGAAAUCUUUGCAGCAGGGGCUGGUAGUGGUAUCCCCCAAACUGGAACCACAGAGGGACCUGUGAGUUUCAUGCCCUACCUGGACAGGAGACCUCUCCUGGCCAAAGAUGAGCAGAUGACAAGAGAGGUGUGUGUGGCCACAGCUCCAGAAGCCAGUGCCAGGCCCUCUGAGAUCACAGCAUGCCCUGCCAGUAAGGGCACAGUAGGAGAGACAGCGAGUAAAAGGGGGAAGUCAGAAGAACCCUCAGGUCUAAGGAUUGGCGCAUCAGGUCAUGAGAGUACAGGCUCCAAGAAGACCAGCAUAACAACAGGGCUUCCUGACUUCAGAGAGCACAUCAGCAAGAUCUUUGAGCAGUCUGUGCUUGGAGCCCUGGCUGCCGAUCGGCCCCAGAGAAUUCCUGGUAAAAAGGCAGGAGCUCCAUGGAAUGUGCCAGCUGAGGGCCCAGACGUGUCACUGAACCCAGAGAAGCUUCUAGAUGGGGCUCCAAAAGUGGCUGCUGUCCCUCUCCCUGUACUUUCUGCCGGACUCCAGGUGGAGAAGAAGCAAGAGUCAGAGGCUGAGGCUGAGGUUUCUCACCUGGUUCCCCAGGAUCCAGAACCAGAGAAGCUGGUGGGUCUGGUGGAGACAGCCUUGGAGGAGAAGCUGCCACGUGCCAGUGUUGAGGGAGAGGGGCCCUGUGUCCCACUGACAGUGACAAGUGAGAGGCUAGAGGGGACUGUGGAGCCAGGCCAGGGAGCUCAAGCUCACUCACAGCAGAGAAGAAGCAGACAGGAAUCAGCAUCAGGUCUUCCUGCCCCUGCAGCUGCUCAGGGGAUGCUAACAGAAAGUGUUCCUGGCUUCCCCAUGGCUCCCCAGAGCCCUGCAGAGAAGACUUCUGCUCAAGGGGACAGACAUCCUUCUGCAACAGAGCCCCUGGAAACAUUGGCCAGCAACAGUCAACAUAGAAAUGAUACCCGAGACCUUGCUCAUACCCAGGGUCCAAGUAAUCUAUCAGGAUCCACCUGUGCCCUGGAAGGCUCUUCUUCUCAUGGAAGUGUUUUGAAUGUCUCUGACUCUAACAGUGAGCCCCGGACCCCUGCUACACUUGGGGGUGAAAGACAGACUGAACCUGCUGUCAGUCCCGCAGAAAUGCAAAAUGUGCUGGGCCACCAGGGUACCCCCAAACCACUGGCUGGAGGAGUGUUGGCAGCUCCCCCGGAGCCUAGCAAAAUGGCAGGAGCUCCCGAGGAAGCCAGAGGUGAUGUCACACCAAGCACAGCUGAGGUGUGGACAUGUGUGUCUGGUGACCUCCCGGAAACAGGUACUACAAGGAUGCUUCCCUGUGUGGCAGGUGACUCAGCCCUGCCUGGGUGCUGUCAGGACUCAGGAUGCUCCAACAGGGCUCAGGCAAUGGAGGACACAGGUACCCGUCAAGGGGACAGCCAGGUCGGAUGCCAGCAGGCCAAGCAACAGCUGGAGUCUCAGCUCCUUGCUCCCGUGCGGUAUGGGAAGAAUGUCUCCUCACCUUCAGAGCCUGAUGACAGCAAAGACAAGAAGCUGCACCUCUUGGCUCCAGCAGAACUCCACAAUGACAGUUCCCCUGAAACUGAUGAUGUCACCCAGCCAGCUCCUCCAGCAGACCAGGGACACCCACCCUUAGCUGACCCUUCCCAUCAUGGUGACACUGUCGGCUUAGUCUCUACACAUCUGACAGUCCAGAGCUCCCCAUCUGCUGCCCGUGCAAGUCUUGCUCCUCCAGCCUCAGAACGGGCAGCCCCGGCUUCUGCCACAGAUGGCCGUGGAGUAGAAGUCCCCCCUGCCUCCUGCCAGCACCUGGCCAAGAACAUAAACAGGAGUUCCGACUCUGAGGAAGCCUUCGAGACGCCGGAGUCCACGACCCCUGUCAAAGCUCCACCAGCCCCUCCCCCGCCACCCCCAGAAGUCACUCCAGAGCCUGAGGUCAGCACUCCACCGGCCUCAGAAGAACCAGGAUGCCUCUCUGAGCCGGUUAUCGUUCCUGAUGGCCCUUGCAGCGAGUCCGUGGAAGGAAGCCCUUUCCGUCCUUCACACUCCUCCUCGGCAGUGUUUGAUGAAGACAAGCCGAUAGCCAGCAGUGGGACUUACAACUUGGACUUUGACAGCAUUGAGCUGGUGGAUAACUUUCAGAGCUUAGAGCCCUGCUCUGCCGACAGUAAGGGUCAGGAGUGUAAGGUGAGCACACGGAGGAAAUCCACCGAGUCCGUGCCACCCUCCAAGUCCACGCUGUCCCGCUCGCUCAGCCUGCAAGCCGGCGACUUUGACGGUGCUUCUUGCCCGGGCAGCCCUGAAGCUGGGGCCCCUGCCACAGAUGUGUGUGGCACGGGAUCCAACAGCGCUUCCAGCACCCUUAAGCGAACUAAGAAAGUACGGCCGCCUUCCUUAAAAAAGAAACCGGCCAGCAAGAAACCCACGGAAACUCCCCCAGUAAAGGAGACCCAGCAGGAGCCGGGCGAAGAGAGCCCCGUGCCUAGCGAGGAGCACUUAGCGCCAGAGACAAAGCCGGAGUCGGCCACACCCGAGGGCCCUGGCUGCACCUUGUCAGAGGAGGCGUCCCUGGAGUCUGCCGCUGUACCCGCGGCCACCUGUCCUCUGACUUCGGAGAGUACAGAGGACAUUAGCCCUCUGGUUUCUGGAGGCAGCAGGGUGCAGAACUCACCCCCUGUGGGGAGGAAGUCUGUGCCUCUCACCACAGCCCCUGAAGCAGUGGAGGUGACCCAGCCGGACACUGGGGGGCAAGAGGACUUGCCUGCCAAAGGCCUCUCAGUGAGGCUGGAGUUUGACUAUUCUGAGGACAAGGGUAACUGGGACAGUCAGCAGGAAAACACCCCUCCCACCAAAAAGAUAGGCAAGAAGCCAGUUGCCAAAAUGCCCCUAAGGAGGCCAAAGAUGAAAAAGACACCCGAGAAACUUGACAACACUCCUGCCUCACCUCCAAGGUCCCCUACUGAACCCAGUGACAUCCCUAUUGCUAAAGGUACCUACACCUUUGAUAUAGACAAGUGGGAUGACCCUAAUUUUAACCCUUUUUCCUCCACCUCAAAAAUGCAAGAGUCUCCCAAACUGCCCCAACAAUCAUACAACUUUGACCCCGAUGCCUGUGAAGACUCCCUUGACCCCUUUAAGACAUCCUCUAAGACCCCCAGCUCACCUUCUAAAUCCCCAGCCUCUUUUGAGAUCCCAGCCAGCACCAUCGAAGUGGAUGGGGAUGGGUUGAAUAAACCCGCCAAGAAGAAGAAGACCCCGCUAAAGACUGACACAUUUAGGGUGAAGAAGUCGCCAAAGCGGUCCCCUCUGUCUGAUCCACCUUCUCAGGACCCCACUCCAGCUGCCACACCAGAAGCACCCCCAGCAAUCUCUGCAGUGGUCCAUGCCACAGAUGAGGAGAAGCUGGCCGUCACCAGCCAGAAGUGGACGUGUAUGACCGUGGACCUGGAUGCCGACAAACAGGACUUCCCACAGCCCUCGGACCUGUCUAACUUUGUAAAUGAGACCAAAUUCAAUUCACCCUCAGAGGAGCUGGACUACAGAAACUCCUAUGAAAUUGAAUACAUGGAAAAGCUUGGCUCCUCCUUACCUCAGGACGCUGACACUCCGAAGAAGCAGGCCUUGUACCUUAUGUUCGACACCUCUCAGGAGAGCCCUAUCAAGUCUCCUCCAGUCCGGAUGUCAGAUUCGCCAACUCCAUGUUCAGGGUCGAGUUUUGAGGAGACUGAAGCCCUUGUAAAUGCUGCAACGAAACUCCAGCAUCCUGUCACACGAGGGCUGGCCUCCAACCAGGAGCCUCUCUUGCAGGUGCCAGAGAAAUCCUCCCAGAAGGAGCUGGAGGCCAUGGCCUUGGGCACCCCUGCGGAGGCGAUUGAAGUCACAGCUCCGGAGGCUGCCUUUGCCUCUGCGGAUGCCCUCCUAAGCAGGCUGGCCCAUCCUGCUUCUCUCUGUGGUGCACUUGACUAUCUGGAGCCUGACUUAGCAGAAAAGAACCCCCCAGUAUUUGCUCAGAAACUUCAGAGGGAAGCUGCUCACCCCCCAGACGUCUCCAUCUCCAAAACUGCCUUGUACUCCCGCAUCGGGCCCACGGAGGUGGAGAAGCCCCCGGGGCUUCUCUUCCCGCAGCCAGACCUGGACUCUGCACUCCAAGUUGCCAGAGCAGAGGUUAUCUCCAAGGAGAGAGAAGUCUCAGAGUGGAGGGACAAAUAUGAAGAGAGCAGGCGGGAAGUGAUGGAAAUGAGGAAAAUCGUGGCUGAAUAUGAGAAGACCAUCGCACAGAUGAUCGAGGACGAACAGAGAGAGAAAUCCGUCUCUCUCCAAACUGUACAGCAGCUGGUCCUGGAGAAGGAGCAAGCCCUGGCUGACCUGAACUCUGUGGAGAAGUCUCUGGCUGACCUCUUCAGGAGAUACGAGAAGAUGAAGGAGGUCCUGGAAGGCUUCCGCAAGAAUGAAGAGGUGCUGAAGAAGUGCGCUCAGGAGUACCUAUCCCGAGUGAAGAAAGAAGAACAGAGGUACCAGGCCCUGAAGGUGCACGCAGAAGAGAAACUGGACAGAGCGAACGCAGAGAUCGCCCAGGUUCGAGGCAAGGCCCAGCAGGAGCAAGCAGCUUACCAAGCUAGCCUUCGGAAGGAGCAGCUGCGAGUGGACGCUCUAGAGAGGACGCUGGAGCAGAAGAAUAAAGAGAUAGAAGAACUCACCAAGAUCUGUGACGAGCUGAUUGCCAAAAUGGGGAAAAGCUAACUCUGAACCAAGUGCUUGGACUUGGCCGUUGCGUGCAAUACGUCCGUCAGCACACUGUUGUCCUUCUGGCUCCGUGGACAGGUUCUCUUCAGUUCCGUGUGCACUACUGUGUCCCCUUUCCAAGCCAGGUUGCUGUGACGGUUAUGCAGUGCCGAGACCUGCCAGGAUCCCUCGCUGUCCGUCUGCAUUUUCUAGUAUAAUUCCUAGCAAGUUGACCUCGGAGUUCCUGCAUCAGGGAGAUUGUCAGAUUCUCUAACAAAAACACAAGUUGCUGACCUUGGCUUUGCCCUUUGGUGAGCAGCAUCUGAUGUGACAUGAACGUACGCAGCCUGCAUAGGGACUCUUGCCUUAAAGAGUGUACAAUUGAUCCACAUUUGCUGGUUGGUUUGUUUUGUUUGUUUUUUAAAUGCAUGUUUCAGAUAAAAUUAUCUAUUGUAAAUAAAUUUUUUUCUUUGAGUCUUGGCA